GAAAAUUCAUUGUAUCUAGGAAAAUGAUGAGAGGUGUGAUCUGUUUACUCCCCUUGAUUUUCAUCUUCUUCACCAUAGCUGAUGCUAAGCGCAUCUUUCCAUUGCCUCGGCCUCAGCCUCUCGAAUCCUUCAAGGUCAAUGCAACCCAGAAUGAGAGGAGCUGCUCUUACACGGUAUCAAUAAGGACAAGCUGUUCUUCAACUACCUAUACACGAGAUCAGAUCAGUCUCGCAUUUGGCGAUGCUUAUGGAAAUCAGGUGUAUGCACCAAGGCUAGAUGAUCCACAAUCAAGAACAUUUGAAAGGUGUUCGACCGAUACAUUUCAAAUUAAGGGUCCUUGCACGUACCAGGUUUGCUAUCUUUACCUCUACAGGAGUGGGUAUGAUGGGUGGAAGCCAGAGAGUGUGACGGUGUAUGGCUAUUAUACCAAAGCUGCCUCAUUCUAUUACAAUGUCGUUGUUCCCAGUGGAAUUUGGUACGGCUUUGAUUUCUGUAAUAGGGGGGCUUCUGCUUCUGCGUAAACAAUGUAGGAAAUUAAGGAAAAAGGGUUGGGGUCUUGCUGAUUUGAACACCAGUCUGGGAAUCUACUGUUUUGAUGUUUUGAAACUUAUUCAGAGAUUAGAGGAAUAAUAUUUUUUGUUUAA